CAACGAAGGUCACACUGCAGAGCGAUUGACUUCUAAAGACUCACUUAGCCUGAGGAAGAAGCCCGGAAGAGGAAAUAAAAGGAGUCAGAGAUGGCUCUUUCUCAGUCACCCGGGGCCUUCCCUCAGGGCCUGUCAUCUCCACUUAGAUCCCGUCUCCCCAUGACCCAGUGACCUGGAACUUGUGAAGAGGCUCCACUGGGUGUAGUCCUGGGCAGGGCUUCACACCCAUGGACUGGAGACGUGGUGUCAGUGCUACUGGACAGCAGGGAUUGUUGAGGGGCCCCAUCUCAGUGCACUGGCUGCUCUCUGUAAACCAGGAUAAAGAAGCUGCACAUGCAAGUCAGGCACCGUUGACAUUCAAGGAUGUGGCCAUAGAAUUCUCUCGGGAGGAGUGGGAAUGCCUGGACCCUGCUCAGAAGGCCUUUUAUGUGGAUGUGAUGCUGGAGACCUACAGCAACCUGCUCUCCCUGGAUAUCUCUCAUAUACAUGUGAUCAAGAAAUUACAGCCAAGAGCAAACAGUGAUAGAGGAGAAGUAUUCCAAACAGUGAUGUUGGAAAGACAGGAAAGCCAUGAAAUGAAACAUUUUUACUUCACGGAAAUCCAGGAAGAUGACUUUGGGUGUCAGUGGAAGGAUGAUGAAAGAAAUUACAAAGGAAUGUCUGUAGCCUGUAAGGAAAAUGUAACUCACCCAAGAGAUCGACAUGACACCAGAUAAUCCAUACGGGAGAGAAGUUAUAUAAAUGUGGAGUAUGUGGCAAUGUUU